UAAAUGGUUGGAGAUGGCAUUAGGGAGAGGCCCAUUUUGAACUAUAGCCUUCUUCCACAAUCGGUAUUCCCCUCCCCCUCUUUCUUAUUUCCAUUUCCCCCAAAAUUAGAGACAAAUCCCUAAAUUCCGUCGCCUGACUCCUCACUCCAUCAGAAUCGACGCCCUACUCCCCUCCUCUGUCGGCCCUGCUCAUGCCACCACUGCGCUGCUGUGCGCGGGGUGGUUCGCCGUCGUGGCCCUCCGUCUAUUUCUCUCUCGGGUUCCGCCGCCAACGCCGCCAUGCACCCCAUCAGCCGCCGCCGCCUUUCCUCCAGCAGUCCGGCCGUCUCCGGACAGCCGGCGAGCCCUCCGCCACUGCACUCUCUCUCUCUCUCCCGACACCACUACCGUCACCCCGCCAUUCUCCGAUAGGGGUGAAAUCAGUGAUGGAUUUGGGGUGUUGGGCUGUCAUCGUUAGCGACGGGUUGCGGAGCUUGCUGCCGGAAUCCGGCAGAUUCAUGCUCUUGAGGAUGAUGCGUGAAAGAGAGAGGAACACGUGGAAGAUUGCUGAAGAAGACGUGGAGAGAUUACAGAGGGAUAGCUGGAGCUUAUCUGUGAGGGUUAUUGGGCUACAAGGCCCAAAUUUAAUCAUUAGCAAAAAUCUUAAGAAAAGAUAUGGGCUGACAAAAAAUAGUUUAUAGGCCCAACAAUAUUUACACGUAAAUUUUCUUACAUUUUAUUUUAUUAGAGAUGUAUGUUCAUGAAUUUAUAAACUCAUGCCUUGGUUUAGUGGUCUGUCAAUUUUCUUUAA